AAUUAGUGAAUUAUAAAUCAAAGAAUAUUAUAGUUAUCUGAAUUACUUAAAAUAUUUAAUAUUACGAGUACUUUUACUUACGUAAAAUAAACUACACAGUUUAAUAUUUAAAAACAAUUAAUAAUUGUGUGAUUAAUCAAUUAUAAAAUACAUAAUCGACUAUGCAUAAAUGUCUUGAGUAAUCUAGGUACGUAACAUGUGAUAAAAAUUUGAAAACCUAAAAUCUCCUGUGACUUUUAAAAUUAAAAAAAAUCAUUUUUUUAAGAUUUAAUACUUUAUAUACUUCAUUAAAUCUCUAAGAAAAGCAUUAAAUGUAUUAAUGAUACAUUGAUACAGUCGGAGUCGGAUCUGGUUAGAAUUUAUUUAUUUAUAAUUAUUUUGUACUCGUGGUGUAUAAUAUAUUAUAUUAAAUAUUUGGAAUAUAUACUAUUCAGUUGUAUAAGAUGAAUUUUGUCUUUAUCCCUCGAAAUUAUAUAUAAUAUAUAUUUUAUUAUUUAUUUUAUACAUUAUAGUAAAAUAUGUAAUAUACGUUAUGGAGUAUAAACAAUAAAAAUAACAAGUUUGACUCAUAUUAAACGUCACAAAUAUGGUGUCAUUAUAUCGUAUCUAGAGGUCAGUAAUUAUUAUUAAUUUUAUAAUACUAUUUAAUUAUAAUAUGAUUAUCACAUAAUAUUGUUAGUAAGAAAAAAAAAAAAUAAAAUAAUGUAUCCAUACGAAUUAGUUUCUGAUCGAUGAGUUCUUUAAAAUAUGUCGAAUUGUGUGCAGAGCUAGAUAUUAUAAUUACACUAAUUUGCAGUUACUACUCGUUAUUCAUUAGGUAUUUUGGCAUUUAAAUAUAAGGCGCCAAAAAUAUCAAUUGAAUCAAAAAUGCUUCCAAUACAUAUUCGAGUGAAUAAACGCACGCUACGAAUGAAAUUUCAUUAUUUUCUUUAUAUGGGCGGUGUUGCGUCAGUUCAAGGAUUUGCACCUACAAUAGCGAAACAACUAGGUUAUUCGCCGAUGGUAGUUGGUUUUGUUUUCACAUAUUUAUCUAUGCUAUCCUUUUUCGUGAAACCCAUCACAGGAAUUAUUGUUGAUAAAUUUCGCGUGAAAAGAAUUAUGUUUCUCGCAUUUGUUUUGUUAUGUGGUCUUACAGCGUUCGCUUUAAAAUUCAUUCCAAAAAUACCCACCGAAGCUGUUGCAAAUUUAAGUUGUAAUACAACUACAGGAUUACAAAUUUGUUCAACCAAUGAUGACCAUUUGUCUCAAUGUGAUGACAGUGUAUUUAAGCUAAUAAAAAAUAGUACUGAACCCAUAGAAUGUCAAUUACGCUGUGAUCAAAACGAAUCGUUUCUGGACGAAAUUAAUAGAUCCUGGAAUAUCAUAAGUUAUAAUAUAACUCCAAAUAUUACGUAUAAAAACAAAGAACUCAAGUAUCUCAAUGUUACUUUGAUUAUCAAUGCAACAGAUCAGAUUGAACUUAACAAUAUUUUUCAAGUGAAAUCAGUACAUAUCAUGAAAACAGAAAUUGUAUUACCAUUCUGUAAGAGACCGGUUAGUACUCGGUGUAAGAUGGAUUGCUCGGACGAUGUCAUAAUGGAAUUGGCAAGUGUUCAAAAGUUUGAAGGAAGUAUUUUUGGCUUGCAUCAGUUCUGGAAAUAUUUAAUUGUUAUGAGCUUAUUUUGGAUUAGCCAAGCGAUCACUUGGAGUCUCCAAGACCCUAUAUGCUUUGAUCUUUUAGAUAAUAAGCCUGAAGAUUUUGGCAAACAAAGGUGUUGGGGAUCCAUAAGCUGGGGACUUUUCUCGGUUUUGGGCGGAGUACUUGUUGAUUAUUUCAGUAAUAGUAAUUACCAAAAAAACUAUGUUCCAAUUUAUUAUUUGUGUCUUAUAAUAAUACUAUGGGAUUUUUCCUUGGCUUACAAAAUAGAAAUAACUGAAACAGUUGGAUCUAAGAACACAUUUUCAGACGUAUUCAAAUUAAUAACUAAUAUGAAUGUUAUAAUCUAUUUGAUAUGGAUUAUAGUAAUGGGAAUUUGCACAUCGAUGCCUUGGAAUUAUCUAUUUUGGUACAUGGAGGAUUUAACCCAAAAGUAUCACAGUGAUAAACAAUCUUGGAUAAAAACUUUACAAGGUUUGGCCAUAGGAAUUCAAUGUAUUGGCGGUGAAAUGCCGUUCUUAUUUUUUUCCGGUUGGUUGAUCAAAAGAAUUGGUCAUACGUAUUGCAUGACCUUAGGUCUUUUCACUUUUGCUCUUAGAUUCUAUUUAUACUCCAUGAUAACUAACCCUAUUUGGAUACUGCCAGUUGAAUUCACUAACGGCAUUACAUUUGGAUUGUGUCAUGCCGUCUUGGUAGCAUAUGCUAGACUUAUAGCUCCUCAAAAUUCUGCCACAACAGUAGUUGCAUUAACAGGAGCUCUAUUCGAAGGUGCCGGUAUUUCUCUUGGUGGUGUGGUUGGUGGAUUUCUGUACCAAACAUAUGGAGGAGAGCGAACAUUUAAACUAUUCUCUUAUGGUUCAUUAAUUAUGGGUAUUCUUCAUGUAAUGUUUAUUAAGUUAACUAUUAAGUCAAAUUAAUAUUUAAAUCUUGAAAUAAAAAAAAAAGAAUAAUUCCAUUUGUAAAUUAAGAUAAAUAUCUAUUCAGUUAUUGCGACUUCCCUAGGCAUUAAAACUAAUUUGUAAAUAAUUUAAUAAUUAAAAAAAGAAUUAUUAAAAUAAAUAAUGUACAA